AUGGCUCCAAGACAUCCUGAAAACCUCUUAGAAGUUCUCUUAAAGCAAUGCUACCUCCAACCGCGUUGCGCUGCUGGUCAGCGACGCCCGCUACAUGUUUCUCGAUACACUACGCAAGCUGCGCACGAAUACCACAAGCCGGAUAGCUUCGCUGUCCUGGGCGGGGGGAUUAGUGGUCUUGCCAGUGCUUUCUACUUGUCGAAGAAACACCCGGACAAGAAAAUUACGCUUUAUGAGCAAAGUUCGCGCGUUGGGGGCUGGGUACAGUCCAAGAAGGUCGAUGUAGGCGACGGGUCAAUAGUCUUUGAAGAAGGACCGCGGACCUUGAGGUGCACUAUGCCCAAUGGUAUGGUAGCACUGGACUUGAUCCGCCAGCUCGGUCUAGAAAACGAGAUUCUGAGAACGAAGAAGGAUGCAAUUGCCGCAAGGAACCGUUUCAUAUACUAUCCAGACCAUUUGGUGCGCGUUCCUGGACCAGGAUCGAGUUUCUUCUCUAUACUAUCUGCCGUGAUUCGUGAACCAGUCUUUCGGGAGUCCUUUACAUCCAUCUUGCGGGAACCUUUCAAAACAGUUCCCUCGGCCGCGGGAGAAGACGAAAGCGUUGGCUCCUUUCUGGAACGUUAUACCAGCACAGUCCUUGUCAACAAUCUCGUUUCACCGCUCCUGCAUGGAAUCUAUGCUGGCGACGUUUGGAAGCUGAGCGUGAACAGCAUUUUCCCGAUGUUGCCUUUCUUGGAAAGGACGCAUGGCGGCCUUCUGCCAGGGGCCCUGGAUCUGCUGUUUUCCUCAGAAAAGCCAGCGCUAGAGAGGGAUACCGACUUGAUUCAGCAUCUUCUUCAGGAACAACCCACACUUCGAGGACAGCUCUUGGAGAUGAAGGACACUAGUGUCUUCACACUCAAGGGCGGCCUUGGCAGUUUAGUGACGCGCCUUGAAGAGGUUUUGCAGCAAAAUAAGAACGUGGUUAUCAGGAAAGAUGCCCAAAUCGAGGCACUCGAAUUAAAUCGAACAAUGGACACUAUCCAACUGACCACAAAUCUCAAAGAUGAACCCAAGCCAAAUCACGCCUUUGCAAUUUCAACCCUUCCAGCUCAAACUUUGGCCAAGCUUGCCCCGGAGCUGGAUAGUCUUAAUGACGUUCAUUCCGUGACGGUUAUGAUUGUUAGCCUUUUCUUCAACAACCCCAACGUCCUACCCGCCAACGGAUUUGGUUAUUUGAUUCCUCAGUCUAUUCCGUUAGAACAGAAUCCCGAACGCGCUCUCGGCGUCGUCUUCGACUCCGAUGCUGCUCCAGGCGUCGAUACUGCCAAGGGAACCAAAGUAACCGUUAUGCUUGGCGGACAUUGGUGGGACGAUUUUAGUUCUUACCCUGAUGAAGAGGAAGGAAUGAGGAUGGCAAGAACAGUGCUCGCUCGACACCUCGGUAUCGUCGAUGAGCCUAUUGCCAACAAUGUCCGGCUAUUGAAGAACUGCCUGCCACAGUACACUGUAGGCCACCAAGCUCGCCUCGGCCGCACCCACAGAGAUCUUCAGACAAGUUUCCGAGGUAGAUUACGCGUCGCAGGAAAUUCGUAUGGUGGUGUGGGCAUCAAUGACUGUAUACGCUCAGCUUACGAUGUUGCGAUGCUGCCCACGGAAGGCUCGUACUUUGACACAUACACGGGACUCAACAAUUUGGGACCGAACCCGCAAUGGGUUAAGUUCAAGAUGGUAAAACGGCAGGUACAGGUCAACACAGUAACAAAAUAA